AAUUGGAAGCCCAAACCUUCAAACUAUAUAAAGGCUCUUGAGAUGUAUAAUACGCCAUAAGGUCGUCACUUUCUUCUUCUUUGCUUUACCCUAAACACCUCUGCUAGCUUCGAUCUUCAACUAUGGAAGGAGGAGGCAAUCUAGACGCGCAGAUAGAGCAAUUGCUCACCUUGGAGAAGCAGAUGAGGCUCUCCGGCGACGUCGCCGGAACCAAGAAGGCCGCCACUGACAUUCUUGAGCUCUGCUUCAAAGCCGGUGCUUGGAAGACCCUCAAUGACCAGAUCGUUGUCUUGUCCAAACGCCGUGGUCAGCUCAAGCAGGCUGUUACUGCAAUGGUCCAGCAAGCUAUGCAAUACAUUGAUCAGACACCGGAUAUUGAAACUCGUAUAGAGCUUAUUAAAACAUUAAAUAAUGUUUCUGCAGGAAAGAUAUAUGUGGAAAUUGAGAGAGCUCGGUUGAUCAAAAGACUUGCAAAGAUUAAGGAAGAGCAAGGCCUUAUUGCUGAAGCCGCUGAUCUGAUGCAAGAAAUUGCGGUGGAAACUUUUGGUGCUAUGGCAAAAACUGAGAAGAUUGCAUUCAUUCUUGAACAAGUCCGUCUGUGCUUGGACCGACAAGAUUAUGUUCGUGCCCAGAUACUAUCAAGGAAAAUUAGUCCAAGAGUUUUUGAUAUUGAUGCUUCAAAAGAAAAGAAAAAACCUAAAGAAGGUGAUGGUGUUGUUGAAGAAGCUCCGGCUGAUAUACCAUCGCUCCUAGAGUUGAAGAGGAUCUACUAUGAAUUAAUGAUAAGGUAUUAUAUUCAUAAUAAUGAUUACCUUGAGAUUAGCCGUUGCUAUAAGGCUAUAUACGAGAUUCCUUCUGUUAGAGAGAAUCCAACCCAGUGGAUACCGGUCUUGAGGAAAAUCUGUUGGUACUUGGUUCUGUCUCCACAUGAUCCAUUGCAGUCCAGCCUUCUUAAUUCCACCCUGGAAGAUAAGAAUCUUUCCGAAAUUCCUUAUUUUAGGUUGCUGUUGAAACAGGUGGUAACCAUGGAGGUCAUACAGUGGACAACUCUUUGGAAUACAUACAAGGCUGAGUUUGAGAAUGAGAAGAGUAUGCCAGGAGGCUCUUUGGGUGACAAAGCAGCUGAUGAUCUGAAGCAAAGAAUUAUUGAACAUAACAUUCUUGUUGUUUCAAAGUAUUACUCAAGAAUUACCUUGAAGAGACUCGCAGAGCUACUGUGUCUUAGUAUCCAGGAAGCUGAGAAGCAUCUCUCAGAUAUGGUUGUGUCCAAGGCACUUGUUGCCAAGAUUGACAGACCGAUAGGGAUUGUCUGUUUCCAAACUUCAAAGGAUAGCAACAAUGUUCUUAAUUCAUGGGCUAUGAGCUUGGAGAAACUACUUGAUCUUGUUGAGAAAAGCUGUCAUCAGAUUCACAAAGAAACCAUGGUUCACAAGGCUGCCUUGAAGGCUUAAGGAGCGGUGUGGCAUGCUUAUUUUGGGGUUUCGAAAGUGCGAGGGUUAACUGAACUUAUGUUUCCUUCUGGAUAAGCCAUGCAGGCUGGAACUGUUCCAUAAACUGAGUUUUCAAUUCCAGCAUUUAAAUUAAAUAUGAAGGGUCGAUCACACAUGUAUCCCCCAAAAUAUUUGUUCGCUAGAUAAGGCUUUUAUAACUAAAAGACUGCUGUGUACUACUGGCACAUAACUUGCCAAUGGUGUUUCACUUGGUUCUUAUGUUCUUUGGUGCCUGAUUCAAGAUGACAUGUUUCCUGCC